UAGUCAAAAGCCAGCGCAAUACAGUUUGGAUUUGGAUCCGAAACAAGAGCUCCUUUCACGUUCUCGGGUUGACUCACUGAGCUCAAAACAACAUAACUCGGCAGUUAUAUAAUUCACUACUCCUUCCCAAUACAAAACCUAGAAGAACCAAACACUGAUUAUUUUAUUGUAUUACCCGCCAACAAAUUAUACCUGAUUUCUCUCGUUUUUUUUGUUUCUGUGAAUCUUUGACUGAAUUCAGAUCUAAAAUUCGCAAUGGGUAGGGAUUAUUUGGCUAUGAAGACUGAUCCAGCCACCACUGAUUUGAUCAAUUCUGAUAUCAACGAGCUAAAGAUUGCAGCCACAAGGCUCAUUAGUCAUGCUGCUACGCUCGGUGGGUUGGGCUUUGGCACUUCUUUUCUCAAAUGGGUCGCUUCGUUUGCUGCCAUAUACUUGUUGAUUUUGGAUCGAACAAAUUGGAAGACAAAUAUGUUGACCUCACUUUUAAUCCCCUACAUCUUCUUCAGUCUUCCCUCAGUACUGUUCCACUUUCUGAGUGGAGAGUUUGGAAAAUGGGUUGCUUUUAUUGCGGUUGUGCUAAGGCUUUUCUUCCCCAGACACUUCCCAGAUUGGUUGGAGUUGCCAGGGUCGUUGAUUCUUCUUCUGGUGGUGGCUCCAAGCUUCUUUUCACACACACUAAGGGACAGUUUUGUUGGUGUUCUGUUAUGCCUCCUCAUCGGCUGUUACCUGCUUCAGCAGCACAUCCGGGCCUCUGGCGGAUUCCGAAACUCCUUCACUCAAACUCAUGGGAUAUCCAACACUGUUGGCAUUAUUCUUCUCUUGGUCUUCCCUAUUUGGUCUCUGGUUGUCCAUGUUCUCUAGGAUUUUUGCCUUUUAUCUUUAGGCUGCUUCAGCAAAUUUGUCAAUGUUUGCAGUACUAUUCUUCUAAAAGGCUUUUCUCCGUAUCCAAGUCUAUUUAUGUUUUCUGUAAUCUGGGUGUAGAAAGAUGAUAUUUAUAAACAAUCUAUUAUUUACUCAAA